AUCGAGGCGUAGCCAGGCAGGGCUGAGAGGCAGCGGAAGCAGCCGUAGGAGAAGCUCUCAAAGCAACCGUCUAAAUGAGCUGAGGGGGAAGAAGGCCAGACGCCAGCAAAGCCAGAGCAAACAUGAAGGGGGUGACGAGGCGCUGCCGGAAACUGCCAGCGAUGUGAACACAAGGGGACCAGACAGGCAAUGGUUUCUGCGAAUGAAAAGAGGGUGAGAGAGAAGAAGCAAAGCAGAAAAACCUUCCACGUAAAAGAGUCCUCAGGCAAUCGGUUUGGAGCAAGCAAACAAAAUGGAGCAUGAAAUGAAUGCCAUAGAAAAAGAAAAGACACCGGAGUGUAGUGUUUCUGAUGCAGAAACUGCAAGAAAACGGAGCCUCUCUUCUCAAGUUGAUUUCAGUGCUCCGCCAAUCCAGGGUGAAUGUAUUUUGAGAUCGAAGCAAAGAAUUCGGAAACACACACCUGCCCGGCCUUGGAAAUCACUGCCCCCGACUCCUACGGGAUUACUGGAGAAUGACCAGACAGUCUUCUUCUCGUCUCUGACUUCCCUCCAGGCUGAAGAAUUUUUUGACAUGGUGGCCACAAUCCAGGCCCGGAGGCUCAAUGACCAGCGGGCUGAUUUCGCGGGGGCUGAAGCUGCAAGUGGAGAGAAUUCUGGGAUAUCGGAAGAGCAACUCUAUGACACUAUCCUGGCUCACCAGAGCCAGCGUCUGGAGGAUCAGCGCACGGAGCCUCCUAUCCCGGUAGGAAUUCAAGGGCUGCUGGAUUUACUGCUCACAGCCCAAGGAACCAGGAUGGAAGAUCAGCGCUCUGCACCUCCUCCUGGCCUUGCUGCCCCACCCUUACUAAGAAGACAUCCCUCCUUUCUACAUGGUAUAUGAAACUCCUCCCAAGGCUCUCCUUCCAUCAUUUGGGAGUUCCAGAGACUUUUGACAUGGUUAAAAGCUGGAACUGUGUUGACCUCAAAUGAAGGUUUGGGGGACUGAGAAAUCAAGCUCUGCUAUGUUGGGAAACUUUGUACAGUAAAAGUGCCAUGGUUUGUAGCACAAGGAUGAGCAAAACUCAGGCUUCACCCCACUGCAGCUUUGCAAACGGCUAAUUGUUUACUGGUUAUGACAUCUGUCCUUUCUAACGCUCGGUGGAGACACCUUCCACCCAUCUCUACUUCCUCCCCACCAAAAGCCCUUAGUGGCAACAGCAAUGCAUUUACAAGGACCGUGAAAAGUCACAAAGUGGUGCCAUGAUUUUAAAGGUUUAGUGGUGGCAUGAGAAAGAACAUACUCUUGGUAAAGGGGAUGGGAAAAGCCCUAUUUGCAAUAUAUGACAGUCUUAAGAUGCUUCGAGGCCGUGGAUUUAAGCUUAGCACGUUCAUCCCAAAAGCAUAAGGCACAAUAUUUCAGCUAACGCGUCCCUGCAGUGGAUAAGCUCUUAAUUUAGCACUUUUCCUAAAUAAUUUGAUGUUGAGUGCAACCUUUCUGAAUCUGGGGCCCUCCAAUUGGGGCCAUGCAGGGUAAGAAUUAGGGAAAUGGGUCAACACAUCUAGUAAGUUAGACCUAGAGUUUAUUUGAAAAGCACAAAAUAAAUUCAGCUGCUUUCAUUUGCUUGCUAAGAAAAGAGACAGCUGAUGGACUUCUAAUUCUUAAAAACAUUAUGGACCCUGUUUUAUUUAAGAAUUUCAGGAGAGGCCUGCUGGAUCUGGCCCUCCACCCAUGUAAUCCAGCAUUCUGGGUCACGCAGUAGCCCACUAACUAUGCUGGGGAAACUCACAAGCCUAGAUUGGAGGGCUUGAGUCUCCUUUUCUUGUUUCUCCCUACUCGUGGGGCUGGGUACUUUCAGACCUCAAGCCCCAUGGCAAUCUCUCACCCAUUGUCUAGGUACGGAGUCCCUGCUGUGAGAUGGGCAGGCAUAUAAAUUGUUUAAAUAAUUAUACCAUAGGUACUUCCCACCCCAAAUAUUAAAAAAAAAGGGCUGUCGAAAUUAGAUUGUGUUCCCAUUUGGGGAGAGUACGGUGUUCAUGCACGACUUGGUUGCACACGUGAAGUUUUGGAAUUUGUAAACUUUGAAGAGAAGGCUUUGGAAUCAUCUUUUGGGGGUCUUAUGUACAUCUUGGACCCCCAGAUGCUAUGUUGCCAACUCUCAUUCUUCAGUCUGCUGGACUUCAAUAUGUUGGGAUCAUAAUUCCCAAAAUUCAGGGUGUUGUUGUUCCAAUCUCUGUAGAUUUAAAGGCUCUGUGGUCAGACUUUUGAGUUCCACACUCCCCGUGCAUCUUUGUACUGGAAGUGGAACCGUGAUUGGAUUUUCUUACCAAUUAAGCUAUUUUCCCCCAUAACAUAUAUAGCACAUAAGAGCUAACAAAACCUGCAGCAAUUGACUGCUUCUCAUUCUUCAUGCACAAUUGCGCUUUAACGCGGUUGUAAUAAAUUAUGUUGUGAAGCUA